AUGCCUUCUCUACACUCAACCGAACCUCACAAAACCUCUACCAAUGAGGUAAAUGAAAUGGAGUACGAUGUUCUUGUUCCAUCUUCUCCAACUGGUGAAGUAGAGUACGAAGUCCUUGUUCCACCUUCUCCAACCGGAACAGCUGCUCAACAGCAGACCGCUGAUCUUCCUUUACUUGUAAGGGAAUGUCCAUUGCCGUCUCCAUCGUACGAUUCUGAUGGAUCCAAUUACUCAAAUUAA